AUGAUUGCAGCCCAGCUAUUAGCAUAUUUCUUUACUGAACUCAAAGAUGACGAGAUCAAAAAGAUCGACAAGUACCUGUACUCCAUGCGUUUCUCUGAUGAGACGCUGUUGGACAUCACACAAAGGUUUCGCAGGGAGCUGGUGAAAGGACUGGGCCGAGACACAAACCCCACAGCUGCACUGAAGAUGCUACCAACGUUUGUGCGCUCCAUUCCUGAUGGGUCAGAAAAGGGAGACUUUAUUGCGUUGGAUUUGGGUGGCAGUAACUUCAGGAUCCUUCGUGUGAAAGUGAGCCACGAGAAGAAGCAGACUGUGCAAAUGGAGAGCGAAGUCUACGACACUCCUGAAGACAUCAUUCACGGGACGGGUACCAGGCUCUUUGACCACGUGGCAGAGUGUCUGGGUGACUUCAUGGAGAAACACAACAUUAAGGACAAAAAGCUUCCAGUUGGAUUCACAUUUUCAUUCCCAUGUCUGCAGAGCAAACUAAAUGAGGGAAACCUUAUAACUUGGACAAAGCGUUUCAAAGCCAGUGGUGUCGAGGGAAUGGAUGUUGUUCAGUUGCUCAACAAAGCUAUUAAAAAACGUGGGGACUACGACGCAGACAUCAUGGCGGUGGUUAACGAUACUGUAGGAACAAUGAUGACCUGUGGGUUUGACGACCAGCGCUGUGAAGUCGGCAUUAUUGUUGGCACAGGCACGAACGCGUGUUACAUGGAGGAGCUGCGGCACCUCGACCUGGUGGAGGGGGACGAGGGCCGGAUGUGCGUGAACACAGAGUGGGGAGCGUUUGGAGACGAUGGGCGCCUGGAGGACAUCAGGACGGAGUUUGACAGAGAAAUAGACAGAGGAUCGCUGAACCCCGGAAAACAGCUCUUUGAGAAGAUGGUCAGUGGCAUGUACAUGGGAGAGUUGGUUCGUCUUAUUCUGGUGAAAAUGGCUCGAGAGGGUUUGCUGUUUGAAGGCAGAAUCACGCCAGAGCUGCUCACCAGAGGCACAAUUGAGACCAAGCAUAUAUCCGCAAUGGAAAAGAACAAGGAGGGAUUGUGUCGGACCAAAGAAAUUCUAGCCAAACUUGGCGUGGAACCUUCAGUAGAUGACUGCGUAGCUGUGCAGCAUGUUUGUGCCAUAGUCUCUUUCCGCUCGGCCAGUUUGAUUGCAGCUACUUUGGCAGGAAUCUUAUUGAGGCUAAAGGAGAACAAAAGUGUUGCUCGUCUCCGAACCACUGUGGGAAUAGAUGGGUCUCUGUACAAGAUGCACCCUCAGUAUGCUCGCCGCCUUCACAAAACUGUCCGCCGGUUGGUCCCAGACUCGGACGUGCGUUUCCUUCUGUCGGAGAGCGGGAGUGGAAAAGGUGCUGCCAUGGUGACCGCUGUGGCCUAUCGACUUGCUGAACAGUCACGCCAAAUUGCUCAAACGUUAGCAGAGUUUCAGCUGAGCUCGGAGCAGUUAUUAGAGAUAAAGAAGCGCAUGAGGGUGGAGAUUCAAAACGGCUUGUCCAAAAGCACUCAGGACGUUGCCACUGUUAAAAUGUUGCCUACGUUUGUUCGAAGCACUCCUGAUGGCACAGAGCAUGGAGAUUUUCUGGCUUUAGAUUUAGGUGGUACCAAUUUCAGAGUUUUGCUGGUCAAGAUUCGCUCUGGGAAAAGGCGUUCAGUAGAAAUGCACAAUAAGAUCUACGCAAUUCCCCUCGAAGUUAUGCAGGGAACAGGAGAAGAGCUGUUUGAUCACAUUGUGCAUUGUAUCAGUGACUUUCUGGACUACAUGGGCAUGAAAAGUGCUCGUCUUCCUCUUGGUUUCACAUUUUCCUUCCCAUGCCAACAGACCAGCCUGGAUGCUGGAAUACUAGUAACAUGGACCAAAGGGUUCAAAGCAACAGAUUGUGAAGGAGAAGAUGUUGUUGGAUUGUUGAGGGACGCAAUAAAGAGGAGAGAGGAGUUUGAUCUGGAUGUUGUGGCUAUAGUCAACGAUACUGUGGGAACCAUGAUGACCUGUGCCUAUGAAGAGCCGUCCUGUGUAAUAGGCCUCAUUGCUGGCACAGGAAGUAAUGCGUGCUACAUGGAGGAAAUGAGAAACAUCGAAAUGGUGGAGGGAGAUGAGGGUCAGAUGUGUGUUAACAUGGAGUGGGGGGCAUUUGGUGACAAUGGUUGCCUGGACGACUUCAGGACCGAAUAUGAUCGUGCUGUCGAUGACUUGUCUCUCAAUCCUGGCAAACAAAGAUAUGAAAAGAUGUGCAGUGGGAUGUAUCUCGGUGAAAUUGUCAGGAACAUCCUAAUUGACUUGACAAAAAAGGGCUUCCUGUUUCGAGGUCAAAUCUCUGAGACUCUAAAGACCAGAGGCAUUUUUGAGACGAAGUUCUUAUCUCAAAUAGAAAGUGACCGUCUGGCAUUGUUGCAAGUCAGAUCUAUUCUCCAACAUCUAGGUCUGGACAGCACAUGUGAUGACAGUAUCAUAGUCAAAGAGGUCUGUGGAGCCGUGUCGCACCGUGCAGCUCAGCUGUGUGGCGCAGGGAUGGCAGCUGUGGUCGAUAAAAUCAGAGAAAACCGUGGAAAGGAUUCGCUGAGCGUCACAGUAGGAGUGGACGGCACGCUCUACAAACUGCACCCACACUUUUCCCAAAUCAUGCACCAAACAGUGAAGGAGCUGGCGCCUCAAUGUGAUGUCACCUUUCUGCUCUCAGAGGACGGCAGUGGGAAAGGAGCCGCGCUCAUCACUGCUGUGGGAUGCAGGAUGAGGAGCGAAAUCAACGGAAAAUAA